AUGAAAGUUCCAAGCGAAAAAUUAUCACUGCCAAAGCGAAAAAGACCCUUUGGAAAACGAAAAAGGCUUCGACAAAUGCAAAUGUAUUGUGAUAAGUUUGCUUCACGGGACGGCGUCGUAAUGAAUCAAAUCCGAAUUGUUCAUGGUGCGUCCACUGGAAAAGAAUUCUUUUUGAGAGUACUUGGUGAACAAGUUGAUGGGAUUAAACCUAUUUUGUUGGAAACUGAUCAAAACGAUAUCGUUUUCUUCAUUGAUGAUGAUGAAACAGCAUUAGCAAUACAAGCAAUGUCACGACGAAUAAACGAUCCGAGCACAUCUUGUCCAGUGACCAUAAUUUCGAAAAAAGCACCAUUAGGCUUUAAUGCUGUUGGCCAAGAUGAAAUCGAUUUGCUAACGUGGGUUUUAAAUGACCGUUACGAUGCUGAAACUCGCACUCUUGAUUUGAGUUAUUUUUCGCUCGAUCGAGCAUUCCACGCCAAACCGUCUUAUUUUUCUUUGUGCCAAAACAAUAUAAUGAUGGCUGUGAUCGAUUUGAUUGAUAAGUAUUACGGAUCAGUCACGUCUUUGAUUAUGAAAGGAAAUCGUUUGCGAUUUUUGGAUCACUUUUCAUGUCUCAAAUAUCGAAUUAGAAAUAUCCAAACUUUGGAUUUAUCGUCGAAUCGGGCGACAUUCUCUUUAUCAGUCGAAAAUCUGUCAGAUGCAAAGGGUACUCAUGAAGGAAUCUCUGAUAACAAUUUUUGUUUAUCAGAAUGGGAAUACUAUAAAGAAAAAGUUUUCUGCAGAGAGGCUAUGGAAAUUGUUGUUCAAUUAAGAAAAUUGCCUCCCACUACUCAUAUCUUUGAGACGUUCAACGUUGUUGAUGUUCCCAUUGUGAAGGGCAAUAUUAUGCGAUUUAGUUUACAAGGCUUUUUUCGCGAUGCAUCCAUUAAUAUAAAAAAUUCAUUAACUGAUGCAUCUUUAUCAGUACUUCCGCGAUACUUCUGCCGCGAAUUCGUCCUUAUCGAUAAGGGUUGUGGAAAAAUUGCAAUCAUCAAUGACACAUUAUUCAUCGCUAUUGGCUCUUCCAAACGAUUGGAAGAUUAUAAAGGCAUUUUAAGAAAUAUGAUUGAAGAAAGAAGAAGAAAUUAUGCGGAAGAAGAAGUACAAAGCAGGAUGGAAGCAAAUAUUUCCCCGACCCCAACGUUACCUGAAUUAACGCCUAAAGAAUUGGCUUUAGCUGGUUAUUAA